AUGUUUGAAAGUUCAGUUGAUUCAGAAUUCAAAGGACCCAUUCCACCUUUAUUAAGUAGUAGAGUUGGAUUUCAGGAAGGAGAUCUUUAACAAAAUAGCUCUUGCAGUUUAAAUUAAGCAAUACCAUUACCUUUGAUAAGGUAAAAAACUUUAGGAGUCAAGAAAUCUGAAUAUUAAUCUGCUUAUGAUAAUGAAGAAAUUUAAUAUGGAUCUAAACCUUAAUUUUUGAAAACAAUUAUUGCAAAGAGUUUAUAGAGUAACUUCAUAAACAAUCUAUGGAAUAGAUCGUAUUUGAGAAAAUUAAAUCAAUUAAGUCCAUUUUAAAUUUAAUAAUUGGACGAUCUAUAGAUUUCAAGUGAUGGAAAUGAAUAAAGUAGAGGAUAUCAAUUAUGGAUUUUAGUGGAUGUAUUUACACCAUAUAGUAAAUUUAUUGCAUUUUGGGAUGCAUUUCAAAUUAUUACAUAUUUACUUAUUUUCUUUUGGUUACCAUAUAAAAUAUCAUUUGAAAUUUAUCAUAUAAGUGAAUUAUUUUCAGAAACCAAAAGUGCAAUUAUUGAAUAUAUGCUUAUGAUAAUAAUGGCUUUGGAUAUAGGAGUUGGUAUGAAUUUAGCUUUUAUUGAAAAAGGACAAAUAAUAAAGGACAGAAAAAGAAUAAUGUUAAACUAUUUUAAUAAGAAUGCAUUUGUCGAUUUAGUAAAAUUUUAUAUAUAUUUAUGUGGUUUCUUUUUUUACUGUGACAGUCCAAUUUUUUGUACCUAAUCUUAGUUCCAAAGAUUAAACAAUGAUCUUGAUUUAAACAAUCUUAUGUGUUGUAUUUUAUAUAUUGAGGAUAACCAAAAUAAACAAGAUUCUAGCUUAAAUUUAAGAGUAUAUUUAUAUAUAUAUUAUAUUUAGGUUUUUUAAUCUAAGUGGGUAUCUAAAUGA